AAAAGGAUCCCUGAAGGCAAAGAGGAAUUUCUCAUUAUUCAUUAAGUUCCUAUGCUUUUAUCUUCAUGAGCAGUACUAACUCAUGAUAUGAGAAUAUUUUGAGCAUGAUAUGAAUGAUUGCCAUUGCAUUAUAUAUCUACAAAAAAUCUUGAAUGAUAUAGGAAUUUCUACUCUUUCAAAUAGGAAACAAUCUUGAUAACUGUGCACUUUUAUUUCACUGAUGAAAUCCACCAAAGUUUCCACAUUCUUGAUAUUGGUGACUGAUAUUACUAUAAAGAAUGUUUGCUGGUUUCAAGGCUAUUCUUCCAUCUCAAGUUAAUGACUGCAGUGCCCUUUGUUCCCAUGCACCUAUUUCUCACAAACGGUGCCUCUUGUCAUUUUUUAUAACCAAAGUUAAUAAAAAUAUGAAUCAAAGAUAUUGAAGUUGACCCUUUUGAUCAUAUUGCUAAAUGGCAAAGAAAAAGAAGAGCUGGUUUAAUAUAGUGAAGAGGUUUUUUGUAUGGGACUCACAUUCUACACAAGAGAAGAAGGAGAAAAGAAGGAAAUGGAUAUUUGGAAGGUUAAAGACAAAAAAGUUACCUUCAAUUACAGCUCCACCAACAAUAUCAAAAGAAACAGAGGAGGAAAAAACCAAACAUUCUGAUUCUGAAGAUGCUGUUAGUGCUACUGAAGUUGUUUCAGAAUCUAUUUAUCAAAAGCAAGAUAACUCUGAAGAAUCUCAACCUAUCAAAAUCCGGAGGGAGAUUAAAGAAUUUUCAGCCAUCAAAAUUCAAACUGCUUUUAGGGGUUACCUUGCAAAGAAGGCGUUGAGGGCAUUGAAGGGAAUAGUGAAACUUCAAGCUAUCAUUCGUGGAAGAGCAGUGAGACGCCAAGCUAUGAAUACACUGAAGAGCUUGCAGUCAAUUGUAAGUAUCCAAUCAAAGAUUUGUGCGAGGAGACUCCAAAUGGUUGAAGGAAAAUGGGAUUAUUUUGAAGAUGAAGAGAUGCAUAGUUCUAGAGACAAGAUAAUUAGGAUGGACUCAAACAGUGAAAGAAAGUGGGAUGACAGUACUUUAUUGAAGGAAGAGGUAGAUGCUUCUUGCAUGAUCAAGAAAGAAGGCAUUAUUAAGAGAGAAAGAAUAAAAGAAUACACAUUUAAUCAUAGAAGGUCAGCAGAGUCAGAAAGAAGUAAAGUGAAUGGAAGAUGGAGGUACUGGCUGGAGCAAUGGGUAGAUACACAACUUUCUAAAAGCAAAGAACUCGAAGAUUUAGACUCAGUUUACAGUUCACAUUCUAAAAUCGGUGACGAAUUUGGAGGAAGACAACUUAAGCUGAGAAGUACUAAUAGACAAAAUCCAAAUCCAAUUGAAGGAUUGGAAUCACCAAUACUAUUUGCAAGAAAUUCUUUUCCUCACAGGAGGAAGUGUUCAAUAGGAGAAGACCAAUCGUUUUCAAGCUCUCCUGCAACUCCGGCAUACAUGGCUGCUACUGAAUCGGCAAAAGCAAAAGCAAGAUCAACAAGUUCACCAAAAGCAAGGUCUUGGAACUAUGACAUGAACUCUGAUAGCUAUUUAUCACCUUGCAAGAAAAAGUUAUCAAUUGUUUCAUCUGUUAACAGUGAAGUCCUUAAUAGAGGCAAGCUUAGUGGUUGUAACCAACAAAGAUCUCCUAGUUUUAAGGGUAUUUCAGUGCCUAUAAAAUCAAGCAGGACUAUAAAGGAUCUCAGUAUUAAUUCAGAUAGCUCACUGCCUAAUUGGGAUAGACAAAGUUCCUUCAAAUGAAGCUAAUGAUACUGAUAUGUUAAAAUGUUUGGAUCAUAAUUCCUUGUAACAUUAGAGGACUUGAAGUGGGAAAACUCUUUAUACACUAUGUAUGAUGUAUAUUAUAUGUGGUUGAAUGUUUAUUUUGGUUGAGAAUUGAACAUAAGUGUGGCAGAAACUAAUUAGUUGAUUUCUACAUUGAUUAGGUGUUUAGUUCUAUGUUUUAAGAAGUCCUAUUAUACUCAUUUUUCAUAAAUCUUUUAUUUUCCUUGUGUGA